AGGGGGCGUGAUGCGGAGCCGUGACUACGGAACGGGGCGUGGUCAGCGAUGCGGGGCGCUCCCUCGGCUGCUGGGUCCUAGCGCCCGCCCGCCCCCCGGUAGCACCGAGGCCGGGGCGGGCAAACCCCGGCCGGCUUUGAACCGCGGGAGCGGAGUGGGAAGAGCCGUCCCCGGGGGGCCCCCCCCGCACCCAGCACCGAGCACAGGGCCGAGGUGCAACGGCCCCCAGCCCCGUAUCCAUUGCCCCGCCUCCCGGCACCGCGCAGGCGCCGCCGCCGGUAGCGCUGUCAUGGCGGAGAAGGUGCAGAAGAGCGUGAAGAUCGCUCCGGGAGCCGUGGUGUGCGUGGAGAGCGAGAUCCGCGGGGACGUGACCAUCGGGCCCAGGACCGUGAUCCACCCCAAAGCCAGGAUCAUCGCCGAAGCGGGGCCCAUCGUCAUCGGGGAAGGCAACCUGAUCGAGGAGCAGGCCCUCAUCCUCAACGGGUAUCCAGAAAAUAUUACGCCAGAAACUGAAGAGGUGGAGCCCAAACCCAUGAUCAUUGGCACCAACAAUGUUUUCGAAGUUGGGUGUUAUUCCCAAGCAAUGAAGGUGGGGGAUAACAACGUCAUCGAAUCCAAAGCAUUUGUUGGCAGGAACGUCAUCCUGACGAGCGGCUGCAUCAUCGGGGCCUGCUGCAACAUCAACACCUACGAGGUGAUCCCGGAAAACACCGUCAUCUACGGCGCCGACUGCCUCCGCCGCGUCCAGACCGAGCGGCCGCAGCCCCAGACGCUGCAGCUGGAUUUCCUGAUGAAGAUCUUGCCAAAUUACCAUCACCUGAAGAAAACCGUGAAGGCCGCCUCCACUCCUGUCAAGAGCUGAGCUCCUUCUGCUAACUCUACUUGCAGCCCGGCGUUUUGUCACGGCGCGGAAGGAGAGCGAUGCCGGAGAAGGAAUUCCUGUAGGAAAGAGAGAGAGGAGAGAUCAUCGGCAGCCGCCCGUGGAGGAAAGCCCAAGCUGGGCUGCGGGAUGUGGGGUCUUGGUUUGGGGCUGGGGGGGUUCAGGUGGGACAGACCGAGGCACAAAAGCGACGCAGCCCCCAGCGGAGCCGAUUGGAAUUUCCUCCCUGAGUUCAGCCGCGGGGAGGCUAUAAAUAAAAACCCACCUUUGGUUUU